GGAAAAGCAACGAGUUCCACUGGCUGCGGCUGGAGCAAUUGCUGUUGUCGCUUUGGCAUACUUCUGGGCAACGCAUUGUCGCCGGCGACCGCAAGACUGGGCAAAAUUAUGAACUUGUGCUCCUCGGCUGGUGCGACCGCAUCGACUACAUCGCUAUCGUCCACGGGGCACGGAGAGAAUAACGGGAGCAGUCCCUCAGAGGUUACGCAUUGUUUUGGCGGCGGCGGCGGCGGCAGCGGCGGCGGAGGAGGAGGUGGUAGUAGAGGCGGCGGCGGCGGUUGCGGAACUGACACCACAGCACCCACACUUAGGAAUCGAAGCACUGUGAACGGUGCCGGUGGCAAUACGACAAGCAGCAACGGACACAAUCUGACAUAUAACGAAAACAACGCAAACAUGCCGCCCGAGACACGUCCCAAAAUGGUGACGGUCAAGCAUCCGGAAUCAAACAAACCCAAGCCCACCACAAAGAAGAUUGUGAAAAAUAUUCAGGCGGAUCAGGAUGUGAUUAAGGCGUUGCAGAGGUGCCGUGACGAAGGCAUCAAGCUGCUAGACUUGAGCAAGUCGUCAAUCACUGUCCUACCGACGACGGUCAGGGAGUGCGUCCAUCUCACCGAACUCUAUCUGUAUAGCAACAAGAUUGUGCAGCUGCCGGCGGAAAUUGGAUGCUUGGUCAAUUUGCGCAAUCUGGCCUUGAACGAGAACUCGCUAACAUCGCUGCCGGAGUCGCUAAGGAACUGUACACAGCUCAAGGUGCUAGAUCUACGCCACAAUAAGCUGGCCGAAAUACCGCCAGUUAUUUAUCAGCUGCGCUCACUGACAACACUAUAUCUGCGCUUCAAUCGAAUCACUGCCGUGGCAGAUGAUCUGCGCCAGCUGGUCAACCUCACCAUGCUCAGCCUGCGGGAGAACAAAAUCAAGGAGCUGGGCAGCGCGAUCGGCUCGCUGGUGAAUCUGACAACGCUGGAUGUGUCGCACAAUCACUUGGAGCACCUGCCGGAUGACAUUGGCAACUGCGUGAAUCUGAAUGCGCUCGACUUGCAGCACAACGAGCUGCUGGACAUACCGGACAGCAUUGGCAAUCUGAAGUCGCUGGUGCGGCUGGGCCUGCGCUACAAUCGACUGAGCUGCGUGCCCGUUUCGCUGAAGAAUUGCAAGAGCAUGGAUGAGUUCAAUGUGGAGGGCAACGGCAUCACGCUGCUGCCAGACGGCAUGCUCGCUAGCUUAAGUGCGUUGACCACAAUCACAUUGUCGCGCAAUCAGUUCACCAGCUAUCCAACUGGUGGGCCGGCGCAGUUCACCAAUGUCUAUAGCAUUAAUCUGGAGCACAAUCGUAUUGACAAGAUUCCGUAUGGCAUAUUCUCGCGCGCCAAGGGCCUGACAAAGCUGAAUAUGAAGGAGAACAUGCUAACUGCGUUGCCGCUGGAUGUGGGCACCUGGGUGAACAUGGUCGAGCUGAACCUGGCCACCAAUGCGUUGCAGAAGCUGCCCGACGAUAUCAUGAAUCUGCAGAACUUGGAAAUACUCAUACUGUCCAACAACAUGCUCAAGAAGAUACCCAACACCAUUGGCAACCUGCGCAAGUUGCGCAUUCUGGAUCUGGAGGAGAAUCGCAUCGAGGUGCUCCCGCAUGAAGUUGGCCUGCUGCACGAGCUGCAGCGACUGAUAUUGCAGACUAAUCAGAUAACGAUGCUGCCGCGUAGCAUUGGCCAUUUGAGCAAUCUAACGCAUCUUUCUGUUAGCGAGAACAAUCUACAAUUUUUGCCCGAGGAGAUUGGCUCGUUGGAGAGCCUGGAGAACCUCUAUAUCAAUCAAAAUCCAGGCCUGGAGAAGUUACCGUUCGAGCUGGCGCUGUGCCAGAAUCUAAAGUAUUUGAACAUUGACAAAUGCCCGCUGGGCACCAUUCCGCCCGAGAUCCAAGCUGGCGGCCCAUCGCUUGUGCUGCAAUGGCUCAAGAUGCAUUCACCCUAUCGGCAGAUGUGAGAUGUGGAUGGCGUCUGGCGCACCGUUUACGUUGGCAGCGACUGCUACUAUCAGUACGAGCUGCAGGCGGCGCAACAGACGCAGGGUAAGCAGGCGGGACGCUCCACCAAUGAGCGAACCAAUGAGCGGCGCUAACGGUGCGAGCUUUGCUAAGUUUAGCAAUCCAUGUUAGCCCCACCCCCACCCCGGUCAUGCCUGUGGGCCACACCUCUCCCCAUAAACAUAAACACCGCAAACAGAAUACACACAGAUUACCCCGACUGGAGUGCGUUGCCUGGCAAAUGAUAGCUUUAAACAAAUUGUUAUACCAACGUCCCGCGUAUUGUAAAACUGCCCCGAUUUGCUUUUACCUUAUGUUUAACUCUUAAGUUCACACGUUCGAAGCUGCUUAGCGACAUCUGACUUGGUCCUCAACGUUUAGGUUUUAGUUGUAUGCUUCCAAGCUAGUCAUAAAAAAAAACUCACAAA